UCCCCUAUUUCCCUGCUCACCUCUCCUUUUUCCUGUCGCUUUUGCCAAAUCUCGCUAUGCUUCUCCUUGAAGCUCCAAUUUCUCUCUCCCUCUAGGGUUUACCUCUCAUUCUAGAUUCCAAAUAGAUACUAUCUCUACAUGAUUUGAUUCUUCUCCCAACCUUUACUUGAUCCCGAUUCCGAUUCCUGGAACGUUUUUAAUUGGAUCCGCUUCAUAUCGGAUCCGGAUUCGACGAACAUUCAACCCUUGAUUCCGCAAUUCUCUCCGAAUUUUGCCUUGAAUUUGCUUUUCGAAUCGAUGAUUAUUGUAGUUUAGAGAGUUCAAUAUUAAAAAAAGGUACAUCGGAUAGAUGGUAUGCAGCAGUUGUGUAAGGUCUUUGUUUGUUCAAGCUGGAAUCUUCGCCAACAGAGUGAAAAUCAACGGCAUUGGGAGGAGUUUGCGAGCAGCUCGUGGUUUUUCUUAUUGGCCAAUUCGUGAAUACAAGACAAGCAUAGGGAUGAUGGUUGAUACGGGUUCUAUGUCUAGGGCCGGACCUCUGGUUGAUAUGAUGCCAGAGAAAGAUGAUGAUGGUCGGUUUGCCAGUGGAGGGUGGAAAAGUGAAGAUGGAGGACUUAGCUGUGGUUAUUCAAGUUUUAGGGGGAAGAGAGUGACAAUGGAGGAUUUUUAUGAUAUUAAGACAUUGAAGAUUGGUGGCCAAUCAAUAUGCUUAUUUGGAAUAUUUGAUGGUCAUGGUGGUUCUCGUGCUGCUGAGUAUUUAAAGGAGCAUCUCUUUGAUAACCUCGUGAAGCAUCCCAAAUUUUUGACAGAUGCCAAAUUGGCAAUAAGUGAAACAUAUCAACAGACUGAUGCGGAUUUUCUGGAUUCCGAAAAGGAAACCUUCAGGGAUGAUGGAUCUACAGCUUCAACAGCGGUUUUGAUUGAUAACCAUCUUUAUGUAGCUAAUGUCGGAGAUUCCAGGACUAUAAUAUCAAAAGCUGGUAAAGCAAUUGCUCUCUCUGAGGAUCAUAAGCCAAAUAGAAGUGAUGAGCGAAAGAGAAUUGAGAAUGCUGGUGGUGUUGUCAUGUGGGCAGGUACAUGGAGGGUAGGAGGGGUUCUUGCAAUGUCUCGUGCCUUUGGUAACCGUAUGUUGAAGCAGUUUGUUGUAGCAGAACCUGAGAUCCAGGACCAGAAGAUAGAUGAACAAAUUGAACUGCUUAUUCUUGCUAGUGAUGGACUCUGGGAUGUAGUACAGAAUGACGAUGCUGUUUCUCUUGCCCGCGCAGAAGAGGAGCCUGAGGCAGCUGCUCGAAAGUUGACAGAAGCAGCAUUUUCUCGUGGUAGUGCAGAUAACAUUACAUGCAUUGUGGUUCGCUUCCAUCAAGACAAAACAGACCUAGCUAAUCCUGACAAAGCAGAAUCAGCUGGUGCUCAACACGAGCAGACCAAGUGAAAGCACAAAUGCACGUGUUAAGUCUUUUCGCGUCAAACAUGGAUGAACUGUGAGGUCAGCACAUGCAUGAUAGCUCAAUAUGCAUGUCAACAGGUGAUUUGUUUAUUCAUUAGUUUUCCUUCUGUAAGUCACUAUUGAAUUGGGAUUUUUGAGUCGUGUUCUUCUUCCGAUAACUGAAUUCAGCAGCGUGUAUGCGUAUAUAUUUCAAGUUUUCCUGUUUGUAGAGGCAAAUUGGUAAUUUUGUUUUGAUCCAAUAAAUGCAAUGUGCAUUUUAUCAUGUU